AUGGGGAUGCUUCCAGAGAAAAUCCAAAGCUGGGUUUCUGAAUUUGUGCUGCUUGGCUUCUCCAGUGACCCCAUGUCCAACAGGGUCCUUUUCUUUGUCUUCCUUCUCCUCUACCUGAGCUCAGUGCUGGGCAAUGGGCUCAUCGUUGCCCUCAUCUGCCUGGACACACAUCUCCACACUCCCAUGUACUUCUUCCUCUUUGUCCUCUCGGUGCUGGAUAUGAGCUACAUCACCACCACCGUGCCCCAGAUGUUGGUACAUCUUCUGGCUCACUCUCGGACCAUCUCCUCUGCUGGCUGUUGGCUGCAGAUGUAUGUGUUUUGUGCUCUGGGACUGACCGAGUGCAUCUUCUUUGUAGUCAUGGCUUAUGACCGCUAUGUGGCCAUUUGCUAUCCUCUGCGUUAUACCAUCAUUCUCAACUGGAGACUGUGCACACAGUUGGCAGCUGGGACAUGGGCCUGUGGUUUCCUCUUCUCUCUGGUCCAUACCUUCCUCACUAUGAGGCUGCCAUACUGUGGGCCUAAUAGGCUCAACCACUACUUCUGUGAAGGGCCCUCCGUGCGGAACUUGGCUUGCACAGACACCCAGCUGAUUGACAUGGUGGACCUGAUCAUCAGUGUCUUUGUGGUUGUCACCCCACUCUCCCUCAUUCUGGCCUCUUACAUUCAUAUCACCCUGGCCAUUCUCAAGAUCAAGUCCACCCAGGGCCGCUGCAAGGCUUUUUCCAUCUGUGCCUCCCACCUGACUGUGGUCACACUCUUCUAUGCUCCAGUGACUUACAUCUACACGAGGCCCAACUCCAGCUACUCUCCAGAGCAAGACAAGCAAAUCUCCCUCCUCUACAAUGUCUUCACAGCCCUGCUCAACCCCAUGGUCUACAGUCUGAGAAAUAAGGACAUUAAGAGGGCUUUUCUUAAGGUAAUGGGACGUGGUAGGGUGGCCUGGUGA